AUGUUCUUCUCUUCCACCUCGUCGCCAAGGGAGUGUGGCCAAUGCGUGCCCGGCACGACGGGGCAGUGGCGGGUCCUGGGUGCUGCCUCUGACGGCAAGGUCCGUGUCCGGUAUUGCCCGGCCCCACAACCGGGCUACGAGAGACCUGAGUGCCAGGCGAGGGACGCCGUGCGAAACCCGUCGGGCUACUACUGCGGCAUCAACGAGUAUUGCACCGAGGGCGGCCAGUGCCGGGCACUCAAGGCCGCGCCGCGCUACGGUGGCGAAUGUCAAGGCGGCUCCGCCGUUGACGACUGCGGCGUCGGGUUGCACUGUAUCUACCACCGCUGCACGAUCUGCGAAGAAGGGACAUCGGUCGAUCUGUCGCUGCAGAGAAACUUCGAGAUCCGGGUCACACAGGCCGUGUGCAGCGAUGGCGAGUACCUCAUCGUCACCUCGUGGAGGCUGUUCUCGACCAAGCCCCAGGCGAUCUUCCUCUUCAUCAUCUUCGCCGCCAGCAGUGCCAUAGCCUUGCUCUUCUUCCUCCAAUGGCUGGUGCGCGAGGUCUUCCACCGCCUCUACUACUCCAUUCGCCUUCGUCGAUACUUUCAGCACAUGCAACAACGACUGUGCACGAAGAAGUGA